AUGAGUUCCGAGAAGUUGAAAACAAGACCCAUCCUGUCAGCAGCAACCAUUUCAUUAUUCUUGACAGCAUUAUUAUAUCCAAUAUAUUCAUCCAAUGUUGAAGCUCAUACUGGAAGAUUAUCCCAUCCUUCCAUAUUCUCAUCACAUGAAUUUCCAAAUUCACAAUAUCAUCCAUUGAGAUCUUCUUCCUUUCAUAAUUCUUCUCAUCCCGUAUCACUUCCCGGAGAUGACAAGGAUGAUUAUGUACAUCCAAUAUUUAUUUGUUUUUUUGUGUUUUAUUUCUUUGGAUUUUCUCUUGUCUUUUGUUAUGCUAUUCAUUUACUUGGAUCUAAAUUUGGAAAAUGGUAUAGAAAUUAUCGAACGAAAAGGAAACAACAAUCAAAUUCUAAUGAAUAUUACUCAACUAUUCGAAAUCGAUCGCAUAGCAAUCAGAGUGGUAGAAUGGAUAUGGUCACUUUAUCUUCUGAACAGCAACAUCACACAACUAUUGCAAAUCAUACCAUUUCUAAUAAUUAUUUAUAUCCUAAUAAUCAAUCGAAUCACUCAUUACAAUAUUUAUUUUAUAUUCAAAUUGUACCUUAUUUCCUUAUUAGAUUUUUAAUUUAUUUUUUAAUUGGAUUUGAAUUGAUACCAAAGGAUUAUUUUGAUAUUGAAAAUAAUUGGGCUCAUUCUCAGAUAUUUCUAGUAGCAUUUUCAUUGAGUGGAAUUUUAUUACAUAAUUCUUAUUUUUUAAUUGCAUUCUUUUGGAGUGAAUUAGAAAGUGUUAAAAGAGGUAUUCCUACUCGUCAAAUUAAACCUCUUCUCAUUUUCAUUACAUGUAGUUUAAUUUGGUUUGGAGCUGAAAUUGCAAUGGCUAUUCUAGUCUUUGUGAAAUGUUAUCCAAAUUUAUAUUCUCCAUCUUCAAAUACAAAAUCCAUGUGGAAUUUAAAUUUUGAUGAAGGUUUGAAAUAUUUGAAAAGAAAGAGUUUGACACAAAAGACCAAACGAAUGAUGAAUCAUUUGCAGAAUGAUACGAGUAGUGGUGGUGGUGCCCAUGGUGGUGGUACUAUUGGUCAAGAUGAUGAUGAUACAAAACAUCCUCAUGUCAUGGAUGAAACGAGUCAUUUAUUAGUAUCCAAAUCGAAUCAUAUCAUAUACAACAACAACAACUUGGAUGGAGAAUAG